GCCGAACUCUCACUGUAGGAUUUGUAGGUGUUCGAUUUGUUUUGGAAGGAGCUUUCUUUAUAGUGUAGCUUCCUGGCUCAGUGGUCGAUUUUGGCUGUAAACCCAGUACCACUACGACAACAUCUCUUAGCAAGUGGCCCCUUCUCUGGGGCACCAUCAAAAUAGGACUAGUGCCCCUGGCAACUAAAGACGUGUUCGCUCAUUGGCGCCAGCCGUGACGGUGAAACGUUGGCCAAUGUGGCAAUCAAGUUGGCUGCAGAUUUUGGGACUUGGUUUUACGGGAACAUGCAAAUGUGAAUAAGAAAGGGAUCUAUGAUGAAGCACUCAGUAACUUCUUUAGAAAUGUGGAUACAAGAUCUAUGAAUGGAGAUGAUAUAAAUCUUUCCAAAGGAAUAAUUCGAUCUCUCAAAGCUCGGGCAGUACUCAUUGAUAUGGAAGAAGGUGUCGUUAAUGAAUUACUUCAGGGUCCACUGAGGGAUGUUUUUGACAGUAAACAACUUAUAACAGACGUAUCUGGUUCUGGUAAUAAUUGGGCAGUUGGGUAUAAACAAUAUGGUUGUCAAUAUCGUGACCAAAUUCUAGGUGUACUCCGAAAAACAGCUGAACACUGUGAUUCUUUGCAAUGUUUUUUUUUAAUUCACUCAAUGGGUGGAGGGACUGGUUCCGGUCUGGGUACCUUUGUGCUAAGCCUUUUAGAGGACGAGUUUCCAGAAGUCUACAGAUUUGUUACUUCUGUCUACCCUUCUGCUGAGGAUGAUGUUAUUACUUCACCUUACAACAGUGUUCUUGCCAUGAAAGAGCUGACUGAGCAUGCAGAUUGUGUCUUACCUAUUGAAAACCAGUCCUUGAUUGACAUUGUCAACAAAAUCAAUCAGAUGGUCAAUUCUGGUAAAUUAGCAUCUGCAAUAAAACUGCAAAGCACACUGAUUUCUGGUCACAGUGAAGUCAAACAGCAGGAGAAACCAUUUGAUGCUAUGAACAAUAUUGUAGCUAACUUGCUGCUCAAUUUGACCAGUUCUGCCAGAUUUGAAGGAUCCCUCAAUAUGGAUCUUAAUGAGAUCACCAUGAAUCUGGUUCCAUUUCCACGGCUGCAUUACCUUGUUUCUAGUCUAACUCCUUUAUACACCCUGGCUGAUGUAAACAUCCCCAUAAGAAGGUUGGAUCAGAUGUUCACCGAUGCUUUUAGUAAGGAUCACCAGUUGAUGCAUGCUGACCCAAAACGUAACCUAUACCUAGCCUGUGCACUGAUGGUCCGGGGAAAUGUUCAGAUUUCUGAUCUUAGAAGAAACAUUGAGAGGUUAAAACCUUCUCUCCAAUUUGUCUCGUGGAAUCAGGAAGGUUGGAAAACAAGUCUCUGUUCGAUACCUCCAGUGGGUCACACUCACUCCUUAUUGGCACUAGCCAAUAAUACCUGUGUUAGAACUACUUUCAUAGAUCUAAAGGAUCGAUUUGUAAAACUUUACAAAAAAAAGGCUCACAUUCACCACUACCUUCAUGUGGAUGGAAUGGAACAAAGCUGCUUCACAGAAGCAAACAAUUCUUUAUCGUCUCUAAUAGAAGAGUACAACCAAUUGGAUGCUACUAAAGGACUAACAGUCACUAAUGUGCCUCGUCUUUCCAUUGCGGUGUAAAAUAUAUUGUGAAAAUAAAGGCUGUUAGACCCAUAUUAGGAUAUUAAGAGCAUCAGCAUUAGUUUAAUCUUAUAUAAUAUUGAAAUAAUCAAGUGCCUAGUUAUAAACCUCAGAAGCAUGUAAAAAGUAGCCUAUGUUGCUCAAGGCCUGAAAGAUCUUGCACAACAUGGCCUGUGCCAGGCGUAAAGAUAUAAAGUGUGUCCAGUUGCAAGAUUCUGAAUGUGUGUUUUCAAUAUUUCUGAACAACUACAAUAUUUAUUUUAAUAAAAUUACAUUGUUCCUGU